AUGUCUUUAAGCCCCGUCGACGCUGCGACUGCGGGCAGCUCGCUGCUGCUGCGGCUAUGUGCCUGGGUCUUCUUGAGAUGGGUAAACAAACCUUACUCGCCUUUUGCGCCGGCAGCGUCAGUACAGUACACGGGCUAAUGAGUCUUCCUGUAGAUACCUGGUCACGUCAGUAUAGCCUUGAGCCCUCACAUCGUAUCGAUCCGGGCUCACGUCGAUUAGCACUUCCCUCCCCUCAUCUACACCUUCCUCGCGAUUUACAUUCCGGCCUUCUACUACUCAUCUACCCGCACGAGUCCAUACGAGAUUGUUGAUACAGUCGCCAUCACACAAGUCGAGACCGUCCCCGAAGACGCUCAGGAUGUCGAUCCUCGCUAUGCGAAUGGAGUGGAUGCACAGGAGCCAGGCAAAGAGCUCGUCGUAGAGGAAGAGAUCGACAUUGAACAGAAAGAUCCACAAAUACUCAAGACGCUGUUGACUGGUCUGCCGAGUCCCACAAGUUCCUUAUGGAGCGCAGUCACGCUCCUCGCCAACGUCGCGCUGGUCGCUAUGACCCUCGACUUGGUCUAUCGCACUACCUUCUUCCACCCUUCACAUGAUCUGUCCAUGGCUCGUGUUGGCUACGUUUCCGAUACCACGGCCAAGAUCUUGGUGAGAGAACCCGAUGCACAUCAGUUCCCCGUGUUUGUAUCAUAUCGAUACGACGAUGGUCCCCUCGGAGCGAUCCCUGGUGCUGUUCGACCGGACGAUGCCUGGAAAGCAGGAGGCCAAAUCGACUGGAUGGAUAAUCGAACGGACUUCACCGGAACUUUUACUUUGACGGGCUUGAAAGCUGAUACCAGAUACCAGUACGUUGUGAGCAACAGCCAUACAGGCCAUUUCACGACAGCGCCUAGGAUGGGACAGAUCUCGACCAGAGCUUCUCAUGCGAAUCAAUUUACCUUUGUACAUUCUUCUUGCAUCAAGCUCAAUUUUCCGUACAAUCCGCUGCGCCACCCUCUUGCCGCUCCAGGACUGAAGCAUCUGGCUUAUGCUCUCGAGGGGUUGAGAGCCCAGUUCAUGGUCUUUCUGGGCGAUUUCAUUUACAUCGACGUGCCACAGCGCAUGGGUGCAACUAUGGAGGACUACCGUCGGGAAUACAGACAAGUCUACGCGAGCCCAGAUUGGCCGGCUGCAUCUCGAGACCUGCCAUGGAUACAUGUGUACGACGACCACGAGAUUCAGAACGAUUGGGACGGCAACACGACCAGCGUCUUUCCGGCCGCCAACGAGCCUUACGAGCAAUAUCACAUCUCCGUCAACCCACCUGCUCACCGGAAAGGCGAGACUUACUUCUCCUUCACGCAAGGUCCGGCGACGUUUUUCAUGCUUGAUACUCGCCGUUACCGCUCUCCCAACGAUAAAACAAACGGCUCAGAUCCCAUCACUGGCGAGCCUACCAAGACCAUGCUCGGCGCUCAGCAGCUGUCUGACCUCCUGGCUUGGCUCAAGCGGCCGGAGCCUGCUGGUGUAAAGUGGAAAAUUGUAAUUUCUUCGGUACCUUUCACCAAGAACUGGUGGUUCGGUGCCCAGGACACUUGGCGCGGCUAUCUUGGUGAGCGGCAAAUCAUACUCGAGGCCAUGUGGGAUGUCGGUCUCCGCGGUGGCAUCGGCGUUGUUGUCCUCUCGGGAGACAGACACGAGUUUGCCGCCACAGCCUUUCCACCGCCACCGGAAGGCAAAGAAGAAAUCAUCGGCCUCGGACCCAUGGGCGUCGGAGCCAAGCCUCUCGCGAUCAAAGGCGCAGCAGAAGCGAUUCUGACACCGGAGGAAAAGCCUGCACUCCGGACCAGACGCAAGAAAUGGCCACUCAGCGCUACCGUGCAUGAGUUCAGCGUCUCGCCUCUGAACAUGUUCUAUCUCCCCAUCAGGACGUACAGCGAGCAGUCAACGAGCGAGGAGUACGUGAGCGAUAUCUGCAUCAAGUAUCUGCCCGAUGGCAAUAGCAAGUUUGGAGCUGUUAGCAUUGAGAAUCCGAGUACCAGCGACCAGAGUAUUCUGCGGUACAAGCUUUUCGUCGACGGCGUGGAGGCUUGGAGUUAUAUGCUCACCACGCCGCCUGCGGUGGGAGGAAGUGGGAGGAACAAGGUACGUGUGCGAUUCUGAUUUGGCGAGUCUAUACUGACAGUACGAGCAGGACGCGAUCUGGGGCUGA